AGUGCGCAGGAGACCGCGGCCCGCGCCAGCGCCGAGCGGAGCCGGGCCGGGGUCGGGGCACCUGGCGGAUGCGCCCGGCGGCGCGCGCCCGCGGAGCAGCCCCAGCAGCGGCCGCCGCCCGCGCGGCGGGGAUGCCCGGACGCCGGGCCCCGGGGCUGGGCCCCCGGCGGUAACCGGAGCGGGGGGGCCGCGCCCCCCCUCCGCCCCCCCUCGCCGGUCCCAGAGCCGCAGCUGCUGCGCCCGCGCGCUCCCGGGGACAUUCUACCCGCCGCCGGGGCCCGCCGCCGCUCGCCCCGCUCUUAAUACCGGCGGCCGGGAGGGGGCGCAGCGCGCCGGCGGCCAUGGGGACGCUGCUGGCCUUCGUGGUCGGCGCGGCACUGGUGUCCUCCGCCUGGGGAGGCUGCGUGGAGGUGGACUCGGACACCGAGGCCGUGUACGGCAUGACCUUCAAAAUCCUGUGCAUCUCCUGCAAGCGCCGCAGCGAGACCACCGCCGAGACCUUCACCGAGUGGACCUUCCGCCAGAAGGGCACGGAGGAGUUCGUCAAGAUCCUGCGCUAUGAGAACGAGGUGCUACAGCUGGAGGAAGACGAGCGCUUCGAGGGCCGCGUGGUGUGGAAUGGCAGUCGGGGCACCAAGGACCUGCAGGACCUCUCCAUCUUCAUCACCAAUGUCACCUACAACCACUCGGGCGACUAUGAGUGUCACGUCUACCGCCUGCUCUUCUUCGAGAACUACGAGCACAACACCAGCGUCGUCAAAAAGAUCCACCUGGAGGUGGUAGACAAAGCCAACAGAGACAUGGCGUCCAUCGUGUCCGAGAUCAUGAUGUACGUGCUCAUCGUGGUGUUGACCAUAUGGCUCGUGGCGGAGAUGGUCUACUGCUACAAGAAGAUCGCCGCGGCCACGGAGGCUGCCGCGCAAGAGAACGCCUCGGAGUACCUGGCCAUCACCUCAGAGAGCAAGGAGAACUGCACGGGCGUCCAGGUGGCCGAAUAGCCCCGGCCCUGGGCUCCGUCUCUAGGAAGAGCCAGCCCUACUGGGGAACAUCCGGGCACAGCCUGCCCCCAAUGGGGGUUGGCCAUCCCUGGGCCUCCACAAGCCUCAGAGUCCUGCCAACGGAGCCGCGGGGUGGGAGGGGGCAGGGGGCUUGGCUCACACUCCUAAACCAGCCCUCUUCCUCCUGCCCCAUCACCCACCCACCGCCAUGCAUGAUGGGUAAAGCAAUACUGCCGCUGCCCCCACCCCUGCUUCUGCUGCCUGUUUGGAGGGGGGGACGGUGAGGUGGGGGCAGCGGCUCCGCACCCCUCCUUCUUGCUGAUUUGCACACAUUGGCCGCUUCAGACACGCACUACUGGGGCCCAGCCCCUCCCUGCCCCACCCCUGCCCUGCAGGGGUCGCUAUGGGCGGGAACAGUGGGGCAGGGGGUUCUGGACCCCCUCGGAUCCCUAGCGACAUUUCCCCUCCUGCUUCCUCUGGCUGGACCUGGGGUCCCCUCCCCGCCAUGCACUCUCGCCCCAGCCCGCCCUCUCUCACCAGCCUUGGAUCGUGGCCACUUAGAAAGGGCCCGUUCAGCCUCGUCUCUCUUUACACAAGUAGUUUUGUUCAUGAAAUAAAGGUUCUUGGACUUGA